AUGAGUCCACUUUCCAGCAUUUGUAGUCGAUGCGGACCGGCCAUUCGAGGACAGCCCAGGCCUUUCUUGUUGCGAGGUAUUGUGACAUCUACUACCGAGCCGCCAUUGAAUUCGGAUGUUCCUGAGAAACCCUUCAGUUUGGUUCUCCUGGAAGAUCCAAACCUCUACCAAGACUCUUGGGAGAGCACUUUCUACAAAACUGUUCCACAACAAUAUGGCAUGACGUUUAUUUCCAUCUCUUCGGAAAAGUCAUUGUCUCUAGCGGAAAGGGUUGACAGCUUGAAGGCUGACGUUGGACAGAUUCCUGACGGUGUCCUCGUGGCGAGGGGUCCACAAUCGUCAUGGGUGGCUCAAUUGUACCUUGAGAGUCUCUUUUUGCGAGGGUUGGUCAUGGUCGAUCCUAUCGCAUUUGAUCAACCCAAGGCAAUUGUACAGGAUAACUUGAAUGCCCUGGGGAAAGCGCUCGACGAGGAUUGGCACAAAUUCAUGAUGGAUGCUCAAGAAAGACGAUUGAAAUUGGAGCCCAAUUCUGUUCCCAUGCUCGUCAUGAACUCACAGAAGCCAAUAUUGGAUGCUUCGAGAAAGGUAGCAGAUCGACAUAGUGAUCAGUCCGGUCCGUAUGGAGACAUUCCGAUUGUCGAGAUUGAUGAAAACCAGCAGGACAUUGUGAAGACAAUCGAUGACUGGGUGGACACCAUUUACUAG